AUGGUCUUGCUGCCCCCGCGUGCCCGGGCUCCCCGGCCUGACAGCAGUAACACGACUCCUGUUGUGACAAAUAAUGCUGCAAGAUUACAGCAGCUGCAAAACAAAGUGAUAUGUAAGUACUUUUUAGAUGUAUUACAAAUCAAUAAGGAUAUUGGGUGGUUAACAAGUACUGUGUAUUCUCAUAUAGGGCGAGUGUUGGCUGAUAACUUUAAAGGAAGUGAUCAGAUUAAAUGGAUUAUUUUAUUACAUAUUUACAAGAAGAUUACAGCAGCUGCAAAACAAAGUGAUAUAUGCACUCAAGACAUGGUUCCUGGGCUGGCCAAGAUACUCCACAACUGCAGGGAAGGGAUUGGCCUACUCGGGGAAAGCGGUUGCAACCCUGUCACCUGGUCGAUUCACCUGGUUCUGAAUCGGUGCUAGAGGUACCGGAGGAAGCAACUAGCCAGGCCAGGUAGACAGCAGCAGCCAUGAAGGACCAAAGGGCGAACGGCAAGACGUCUCUUCUCUCAUCGCGUAGGAGAGGAACUCUAGGAAUACCUUCACAGCAGAGCAGAGCACCUCCCCAUCCCCUCCCGACAACCUUGCUUGCACUGCUCUUCCCGGGCUCUGUUGUUGGACCAUAAAGAGAUGCUCCGCUUAUCCUAGUGCUGUAAGACGAAAGGAUACAAACAAAAAGGGAGAGAAGAUACGCCCCAAGAGUGAGCCACAAGUUGACACCGUAUUUAGGCAGAAGUUCGCAGUUGCCC